AUGUCACUUCUUGCCUCCGUCCGGCCAUGCUACCGUGCAGUUCGCGCAAGUCUUCAAGCCUGCCUGCAGACACAUGGGAGCUAUGGAGCUAGGUCCAACAGCACCGUACACGCGCUGCCAACCUCGACGAAAGUGAUCUUCUCUGGCAUCCAGCCCACUGGAAUACCGCAUCUAGGUAACUAUCUGGGGGCACUCCUGAACUGGGUCAAGCUGCAGCGCGAUGCGCAUCCAGACGACAAACUGCUGUUCUCCAUCGUCGGGUGGCAUGCCCUGACACUGCCGCAAGACCCCAAAAUGCUAAGCGCCUCUCGGAGAGAGAUGCUGGCAGUUCUUCUCGCCAUAGGACUCAACCCAGAGCGUUCUGUUAUCUUUUAUCAGGAGGAUAACCCACAUCAUACCCAGUUGGCAUGGGUCUUCAACUGCAUUACGCCCAUGGGAAAGCUGAAGCGUAUGACUACAUGGAAGUCAAGGCUGGCGACAUCGCGUAAUGCGAAAGAUGAGUCGGAAGUGGACGAGUCUCACCUGAACGCAGGACUGUUCACCUAUCCCGUACUACAAGCUGCAGACAUUCUGCUCUACAAAGCUACUCAUGUGCCCGUAGGUGAAGACCAGCAACAACACAUAGAACUGUGCCGGGACAUCGCGGAGACCUUCAAUCGCACAUACAAGGGGUCAUCCCCUCUGUUCCCUCUCCCGGAAUGUAUGAUUACCCCGACGCCAAGGGUGCUAUCGCUGAAGGACCCAUCGUCCAAGAUGUCGAAGUCAGCGCCGGACGAAAAGUCGCGCAUCCUGCUGACGGAUACUGCCGAGCAGAUCAAGGCCAAGGUCCGAGGCGCGGUCACCGACCCAACCGUCGGUGUCACGUACGAUCCGCAGAGCCGACCCGGUGCUGCAAACCUCUUGACAAUUCUGGCUGCGUGCACUGGUGAGGACGUUAUGCAGGUCGCGGCGCGGUACCAUGACAAGGGCCAUGGGUUCCUCAAGGCCGAUGUGACGGAAGCGGUCGAGGACAUGCUUAGAGGACCUCGCGCCGAGUUCGAACGCUUGAAGGGAGAAACGGCAUAUCUCGCGUCGGUCGCUGCUGCCGGAGCAGAGAAGGCAAGGGCACUGUCAGAACCUACAUUGAGAGAGGUACGAUCGAGCCUCGGCUUGAUUUAG